UCUUUUGGAGUUACACCUUUAUUCUAUGUUUUGAAUUUAAAUGAAAUGAUGAAGUGCAAAGAGAGGAAAGACUUUUGGGAAGUGAUGAUAUAAAAGGAAGGGCUCACGUUUCUUCAUGAUGAGGGAGCGCAUGUUGUCCCUCCCCCUCUCUCACCCGCACAGGGACAGAUCUUAAAGUGAAUCACAGACCAGACAAUUGCCAUGGCCAGAUCACUCGCGCUCUCUCUCUCCAAAAGGACAUGGUGGAGCUGCUGAGAUGAAGGUGAAGAAGCUUUCAGUACAGAAGAGAAAGUGAAGAGAAGAUGAACUCAAGAGCUCGAACUGCCAUUCAAACCACGAAAUCUCCUCCAAAUCCAGAGAAGAAGGAAAGAAUGCAGACUCAAGGAAGCAAAGUGAUGGGAACUGAGAAGCCCGUGGCCAAUAGGCGACGCUUGAACAGAGAAAAGAAAUUGGCACUACUUCAAGAUGUGGAUAAGCUAAAGAAGAAGCUCAGACAUGAAGAGAAUGUUCACAGAGCAUUGGAGAGAGCCUUCACUAGGCCUCUUGGAGCUCUUCCUCGUCUCCCUCCUUAUCUCCCUCCUUAUACGUUAGAACUUCUUGCUGAAGUAGCUGUUUUGGAAGAGGAGAUUGUUCGACUAGAAGAGCAGGUGGUGAAUUUCAGACAGGGUCUAUACCAAGAAGCUGUUUACAUAUCCUCCAAGAGGAACGCCGAGGUUUCGAGUGAUGCCUCUGAUGAAUUGCCAGCGAGAAGGGCUAAACACGAGCGGUCGAAGUCGAUGUCGCAGAGCGACUUCAGUUCUCUAGCAUCUGUUCCCAGGCAUCAACCAGCGCUCACCAGGAGCGUAUCUAGUAGCAAACUCUUUUUUUCAGAAUCUAUACAUGAUCGGACCGGGAAUAGUUCUAGCAGGGCCAUGAAUGGGAAACUAGCACAGAAAAAGUUCAUCUCUCCUCCGCCGAUUUUGGAAGAUGUGCGAGGAAAGGAGAAUUGCCUGCACGUGAAUUCUUUGAAGGACAAAGUGUCGCCUCAAAAGAAGACUUCGAAGAAUUCCACACCAAUCAAGAAAAGUCCAAUUAAGCAGGAACAGGCAGAGAAGAUGCUAGAAUCUUCAAAACCACAGCUAGAGAGCAGAUUUGGAGAUCACGAAAAAGCACAGCAGAAUUCCUUCAGCUCUUCGCAUGAUGGAGCAGCCCAAGUGGAUGAAUCACCAAACAAGAUAUCAGAGGACAUUGUUAAGUGCCUGUCUAGCAUCUUUGUAAGGAUGAGCACAUCUAAAGCAAAAGCUUUUGGAUUGUCGAAUUCGCCGUCUGAAUUGACGAACUUCGAAGGGAGAAAUGGAGAACUAGCCUACUGGGAUCCUUACGAAAUAUGUCCAGAAUUCGGGAAGAGGGAUGUUGGUCCUUACAAAAAUAUCUGCACGGUGGAUGCUAAUUUAGUUGAUGUUAAUCGGAAAACGAAUGCUCUGUUUCUGAUCCAAAGGCUGAAGUUUCUUCUUGGGAAGCUUGCCUCCGUUAACCUAGAAGGGCUCACUCAUCAGCAGAAGUUAGCAUUCUGGAUAAACACUUACAAUUCUUGUAUGAUGAAUGCAUUUUUGGAGCAUGGGAUACCAGAGACUCCUGAAACAGUAGUUGCACUGAUGCAACUGGCGACAAUCGAUGUUGGGGGUCAGUUGAUGAAUGCAAUUACCAUCGAGCAUUUUAUCUUGAGGCUGCCUUACCACUUGAAAUUUACAUGUCCGAAAGCUUCGAAGAAUGAGGAUGUGAAAGCGCGCCGCACAUUCGGGUUGGAGUGGUCCGAGCCAUUGGUUACAUUCGCUCUCUCCUGCGGCAGCUGGUCAUCGCCCGCAGUGCGUGUCUAUACUGCGUGUCACGUUGAGGACGAACUGGAAGCAGCAAAGAGGGACUAUCUCCAAGCAUCGGUGGGCAUUUCGAGAACCAACAAGUUGAUAAUCCCUAAGCUUUUGGACUGGUAUCUGCUCGACUUCGCAAAGGACAUGGAGUCGCUGCUGGACUGGGUGUGCCUACAGCUACCGGACGACCUCCGCAGGGAAGCCGUCCGGUGCCUCGAGAAGAAGGGAGAGCCCCUGUCGCAGCUGGUGCAAGUGACGCCGUACGACUUCAGCUUCAGGUUGCUGUUGCAGCAGUGAAUGGGUUUGAUGUUCUCUUUCUUUGGUUGGGGCGGCCUAAAAAGUAUUUGGUUGAUUGAUUUAUUCAAAAGUCCUGGAACUUAUACAUGUCCAUCCUCUUUUUCUCUAUACAUAUUUCCCUUUUGGU